AUGGCGAAGCGACAGCAGCCGCUGCCGCUUCUGCCCAGGUGCCUACGUACGGAAGGCGUGCGGACGGUCCCCAUCUUCCCUGAUGCGGAGGAGAGUCGGGUGAGCCGCAAGGCGCUGAGACGGGAGCUGCUGCAGGCCCUCCAGGAGUUCCCCGAGUUUCUGCCAGGCGCCGAGAAGCUGGUGCUGGGCAGCUUCGGAGCGCUGGGCAACCCAUCUUCUUUCCAUCACCCCGCAGUGCGGCGCUGCCGGCUGCUGUGCAUGCGCCCGGGUCUCCGCCUCUUCCGCGACUUCCUGGCGACGGUCCCUUCGAAGUUGGGGCCGAGAGCCCCCCGGAGGCUGGAGCUGCUGUGGGAUCGCCUCUGCCUGCGCCGGCCAGGCGAUAAGAUGUCCGGGGAGACCGCCCACCGCGAUCUGGCUCGCUUCAAGCUGCCGGAAGAUGAGAUCUUCGGGGGGUGGCUCAACCUGGACUCGCGGAGCCAAUUUUUCCACUGCGUGCCUGGCAGCCACGAAGACGCCGACCAGCUCCCUGGCCAAGGCUUCUGCCGCGAGCAGACUAGCCGCUGUAUGCGCAGAGUGGAAGUGCCUCCGGGGCAUCUGCUGGUCUUCUACCAGAAUAUCCUGCACGAGGUGCAGAAAGACUCAGUGGCGCACACCUCUCUGCGCCUCUUUGUAGGCUGGCGCCUGACGCGGUCCACGCUGAGCUUGCAGGACCUCGCCGCGAGAACGCAGCCAGGCGUGCUGAACACCAAGGCGCUGACCACGCAGCAAGGAUUGCCUCUACUGCCCAGCGGCCAAAAGCCACCGAUGUACGCCAAGAACCAUUGGUGCUUUUGGCAGAAAGGCCUUGUGGCCUGGUCUGACGGAAAUUUGCGGGAGUGCUGCAAAGAGCGCCUCGGAUCUUUGUCCUUGAACUUGGGGUGCUCUGCUUGCUUCGAUCUGCUUUGA